CGCAACAACAACAGGAUUUAACGAAAUCGACGUGAGGAAGAAAGGCAACAAUGUCGAAGCCUACCGUCUCACAUCCAAAAUACAUCGAAAUGGUAGUGAACGCCAUCAAAGCUCUUGGCGACAAAAGUGGACUGUCUAGACAGGCCAUCAACAAGUAUAUUGUAAAGGAAUAUAAACUAACCGAGAAUAAUCACCACAACGCGAUGUUAAAGCAAGCUCUGCAGCGGGGUUCUGGUGCCAAUGGCCCCUUGGUUCACAAGAAGGGAAAGGGUGCCGCUGGCUCCUUCAAGAUUAAACCUGCACCAGUAAAACCGGCCAAACCGGCUACUAAGAAGGCGCCGGCAAAGAAAAACCCUGCCAAAAAAGCACCCGCGAAAAAGAAGGUUCCUGCCCGCAAACCUGCUCAAUCGGUGGAGCUUGCUACGCCUCCAGCAACACCGGCUUCGGCUCUUGAAAAGCCUACUAAAACUGCUAAACCUAAGGUAACAAAGGAAAAGGGCGCGAAAAAAUCAAAGGUUGUUUCCCCCAAAAAGCCAAAAGUCGUCAAGGCCAAAAAGGCACCAAAAAAAGCAAAGACAGCUGGACGUGCAAAGAAGUGACUUACCUGGAACCUUUAAGAGGAACUUUACCUGCCUGAGCCUUGACACAGUCCCUCUGCUUGAAGCAAAUUGUUGCCAAAAGAAGUAGUUGACCCUUGAUGUAACCUUCCGUUUUAACUUUGUGGCAUGGAUUUUCUUGGGUAUUUUGAUCCAGUGUUUUGUCAUAUAAUUACUAGACUAAUUUUUAGUUCUAACUGCGUCGUUUAAAAAUGAAACCAAGAUAUAUAUAUAUUUGUGGCGUGGAAACAAAAAUAUAUCACAAAAAUAGUCUGAUAAAAUUAAGACUGAGUUUUUACCCAUGAUGUACUUUCUUUUAUUGUGCCUGUUGAAUUGUCUUACAUCUUAAGUGGUUUUUCCAAGUUGUGACCCUAGUAUACGGUCUUUUUCCCAUAUUGGUACAAGUUUUUAUCUUUUAUCACAUUGUAAGAUAAAGGGCAAUUACGGCCACGGAGAAAGUUAUGACAAUUCAAGUUUUACGGUCACAGAAUCAAAACCAUUUACCCUUGCCAUGCUUUGGCUACAUGCUAUAAGCAAGAUUUAUCUAACUCAUAUAAAUAAGUGGUUUUUUUAAUGUUUCAAGGAAGCAUAUAAUAAAGUUUUCGCUAUCACUAAA